AUGUCAGAGGCAGAGACCCGCCCUGCCGCUGCCCCCCGCUACUCGCACUCCAAACGCCAUGCCUCUUUUAACUCUCCAAGAGAGGUCCCUCUGCCCUCUCCCACCCACACUGACUCUAAUCCCUUUGCCCUCUUCUCUGCACCCACCGAGCCACCCAGGCAGCCCCUCACAAGACAGCUCUCUGCAGACUCCCUCAUCCAGCCUCCCCGGCCCCCGAUAUCACGCGUCAACAGCGACCGCGCAUAUCCACCGUCACGGCCCUUUUCUCUGCCGCAGACAGUCCCCCCCCGUCCUGCAGAACCCGCACCUCCGCCGCCCACGCCGCCUGUUCCCCAGCCAGACGACUUGCCGUCGACUAGAUUCUCCUCUGCAAGUCUCCCUCCGCCCUCCCAGAUUCCCUUCCACACUCUCCCCAGAGCAAACUCUGAUCUCGCCAUGCCCCACCGGUUUCCUCCCCUCGACGAGAUCAGCUCAUCCUCGAGUAGCUCAUCCCGUGACUCUAUAAACACAUCCGACUCGAGUGACAACGCCUCCUCUUCUGCACCGACUUCUGUCCGAUCCACCUCGGACAAUCCAUCGUCCCCAUCCAAAUCCCGCAUCUCUGACUCACAAUCCACAAAUGACGCCUCUCAUCUUCCCCGUCCACAGCCACGCCCUGUUUCUCCCUUCCGCGCCCCCCAACCCCCUCCACAGCGUCGUCCCCCUCCAACUCCCUCUGAUUUCCACACUGCCAUGCGUCGUUUCAUGACGCCCUCAUCAUCCUCCGCCCCUUCGGCCACCAGUCUUCCCACCUCUUACCCGCCCCCCGAGCCCCCGGUCAUUCUUCCCUAUGACUCGGCCGACGAUUCUACUUCUUUUUCUGCCUCCAAUUCCUCCUCGUCCACUGCUCCUGCAUCUACAUCAUCACGCUCCCAACCACCGUAUGUACCCUUUCUAAGUCAUGCCCCUCCCCCGCCGGAUAGCUGGAUUCAAGUCGAAACGACCAUGAACGAGUAUCGCCUAAAUGUCCGCUUGCCCGGCUUUAGUAGAGAGGGCAUCACCCUUGCAACCAAACGCAGGCGCAUCCUACAUGUUGUAGCAGACAGCUGGGAAAACGGCGGAGGACACUUUGAAAGACGGAUAUCGUUUGGAUAUGAUGCGGACCUGGUCCAGGUGCGAGCAGAGUUUGAUGGUGUCAUGUUGAGGAUUGUCGUUCCGAGGCGCACAUCUCCAGUUGUCUGGCAGUCACAGUCUUCGCGUUCAGGAGGAAUUGGAUACAGUGGUCCCUCGUAUGGAUAUUCACGCGCUUAG